AUUUUAGCCAUCGAGGAAAAUAAUAAUAAUGCAGUUUUCAGAGUGUUAAAGCUGCUCCCAUAAUGUUUUAAUCUGCAUGAUGCAUCACAAGAUCAUUUUAUUGUGUCAUGUCACUGCAAAGGAACUCCCCAGUCUGGUAAAUUUGCUGGAAUUAAAGGUCCUAAAAACGUUAUUGCACCAAAUUUAAUCAAUAUUGAUCAUUAAUAUUGAAAAACUGAACUUAGUUUUCAUUCUUUAGCUUUAUUUAACCAGGUAAGAUGCAUAAACACGUACAUGAUUCUGAAUAAAUCACUGAAAACGAUAGAUUAGUUGAGUAAACAUCAACCAAGAGUCUCUUUUUUUCCCCAAUCUUCAGACAGUAUUAAGGUUCUAACUGGACUCACUUGAUUUAAAAAGUGAAGCUGAAAAUGCAGAUGUUACUGUAGCUAUGUAAAUCCCUUAUGGAACUCCUGUGUGACGUCUUGCAUCCAGUCUGAUAAAUGUACCCGAAAUAAAGUAAACAGCAGUGUCCCAAUAAUGUUACUGCUCCAAAUUUAUUGCAUAAAAAUCAACACUGGUCAUCAGUAUUGAAAAACUGAACUUAGUACUCAUUCUUUAGCUAUAUUUAACCAGCUAAGAUGCAUAAAUGUGUGCAGAAUUCUGAAAGAAAUAAUUAUAAACAAUAAAUUAAUUGGGGAAACAUCAACUGAGUCUUUUUUUCCUCUGAUAAAUGUCUGAUAAAUUUACUCGAAUUAAAGGAAGAAAGUGUCCCAAUAAUGUUACUGCACCAAAUUUAAUCAACAUUGAUCAUUAAUAUUGAAAAACUGAACUUAAUUCUCAUUCUUUAGCUAUAUUUAACCAGCUAAGAUGCAUAAAUGUGUGCAGAAUUCUGAAAGAAAUAAUUAUAAACAAUAAAUUAAUUGGGGAAACAUCAACUGAGUCUUUUUUUCCUCUGAUAAAUGUCUGAUAAAUUUACUCGAAUUAAAGGAAGAAAGUGUCCCAAUAAUGUUACUGCACCAAAUUUAAUCAACAUUGAUCAUUAAUAUUGAAAAACUGAACUUAAUUCUCAUUCUUUAGCUUUAUUUAACCAGCUAAGAUGCAUAAACAUGUAGGAUUCUGUUUUAAAAAAAAAAAAAAAAAAUCACUGAAAACAAGAAAUGAAUUGAGGAAGCAUCAACAUCAAAAAGAGACAGUGUUUUUUCCAAAACCCAGACAGUGUUGAGGUUCAAACUGGACUCACUUCAUGUGAAAGUGAGCACAUCUUACAGCAUCUGUGUAUCUCAGUUACUUUAAUGUGAAAUCUUACAAUACAAAUAAACCUCCUAGACUGAUAGAUGCAUAAAGUGUCCUAAAAAACUCGAUGCACCCACUCAGAAGGAACAAAUAUCAGUAUUUAAUCCGAAUUUGUAUUCUUUAGCUUUAUUUAACCAAGUAAGAUGCAUAAACGUGUAGUUUUCUAGGAAAAAAUCACUAAAAACCCAGACAGUGUUGAGGGUGUAGCUGGACUCAGUUUGAUUUAAAAGUGAAUGAAUGUUUGUAUCUUAUUACCUUAAAUUCAUCACAGCAUUUUCUAUGUGAAACGUCACGUUGCAAAGAAGUUGCCCAGUCUGAUAAAUGUACUGGAUUCAAAGUGUCCCAGAAACAUUAAUGUAUUAACAGAAACUUAAAUGAACAAAAAUCAAUCUUUAACUCUCCUAUUGUCCUCAAAUAUUACAAGCACAUUAUAUUAGGGUCAAUCUGACCCUCCAGAAAAUGAUUUACAUAAAAGUGUUGACCAAGUUUUUGUUUCAGGCAUUUAGUUUAUUUGUUGAGCACACAAAUAACUCCUAGUUAAUGAAACCUGACCUGUCCUCUAGUGCCACCAUCAGGGAAAACUAUUAAAUUAGAAUUAAUGUAUCUUGAAAAGUUGGCUGACAAUGAAGAACAUUCUAACAAAACAAGCAAACAUUAUAACAAUAACUAAUAAAGCCUGAUUCAAAACAGUUCUAUAAAAUGCAUAAACUAGUGUAGGUUUCUGAAAUCUUAAUGGAAAAACUAGAAAUGAGUUGAAAAUACAUCAAAUGAAAGCUAGAGUGCUUUCCAAAACAAGUCAGCAAAAAAAAUUUAAAAACAGCAAUAAAGCAUUAAAAAAGACAAUGAAACUUUAGUAAAUCAUUAAAGAGGACUCAUUAGAAGAGAUGUAAAUUAUUCUAGGACACAUCUAGUACGCCUCAGAUCACCAUCUUAUGCUACUAAUAAACAGCCCAGUCAAAUAAAAGUGGGUCAGAGGGUUCAUGUGUAAUUAGUGUCUCAUUUGCACUGAAAUUUGCUGCAAUUUUACUGCAAAAAACUGCUCCGGAACAGCUGGAGAAACAUGACCAAGAGCCCAAAACCUCCCACAUCCCUAAAUCCUGAUCCGAUCCAGCCUCUGUUAGACGAACCUGAAGGAUCCGACACCACAGAAACCCACAGGUCUGAUAGAUGCUGCUCUGAUGACACAAGGGGGAAAUACACAAUAUUAGGGGUUUUAACGUGGGACAUGAUAUUGAUCAAACGCAUGUCGCCCGAUACAGCAAAUCAUCUUCACAUCUUAUGUUUUGUCCUCGUUACUCACCAGCCUGGUGUGUGCUAUAUGUCUGUCACAUGUCGGUUUUAUCUCUGAAAAGUCUUACUUCCCUUUUGCUGAUGUGAUUCCAGUGUUCAGAGCAGCUUGAAAUGUAAAAAAAAAACAAAAACAAAAACAAAAAAAAAACUGGAUUUUUAUGCCAAUUGCAUAUAUUUUGCAUUAAGAAUCACUCUCAGGUCUUCAAGUGUAAUUUCUUUUGGUACAAUCACAGCCAUAAUACUACAUAAAUCCUGAAAAAAGCCACUAAAAACUUAAAAUUGAUUGGUUCCAUGAAAAGAAAAAAUUUGAGUGUUGGGUCAUUUUGGUAGAAUUUAGUUUUGUUCGUUUUUCUUGUAAACAAUAAACAAAAAAAUAUCAUUUGUAUGUGUUUGUGUCUCUCUAAUGCAGCCGCACCUUUUGAAACACAAAAAAGAUUUUUCCACAAAUAUUUCAUGAUAAUAUUUGAGAUUGUGUAAAAUUUUAAGGGUGUCCGAAAACUUUUUUCCACCACUGUAUGUUCCAAAUCAACAUGUGCAACAUUACACCUGUACUCUAUAUAAUACCUGCAAUAACUGCUGAGGAUAUUAUUAUUGUCAUAGUUUUUUAAUAUACUGAGAGCUUUUUAUGAUGGUGCUUUUAUAUUUUAUUUUUGUGAUGCAUAUUUAUAUAUAACUUUUAUUCUAAGUCCAAUCUACCUGUGCUGUAAUGUACCUAUGCAAAUGGUAAUAAACUCCAUUAUAUUCUAAAAGUUUAGACAUGAAUUAGGGACUUUAUGACUAAAAAUACCCCCUUAGUUACUUAUUUAUGUCAAUCAAUCAAUCCAGCAGACUUUAUUUAUAAAGCACUUUUCAUCUAAACAAAAUGCAACACAAAAAAUACAAUAAAACUGUGCAAACCCCAUUCCUACCCCAGCAGGAAAGUUAGCAAUAAUGGAACUGAGGAACUGAGGAAAUGCUCUAAGCUAGGUAAAUGACUAAAAUAAAAUAAAGAUUUAAGAUGCCUUUUUUGUCAGUGUGCAUGAGAAUACAGUGAAAUUCUGUAGGACUCCUGUAGGAUUUGGUAGCACCAACUUUCAGGGCUUGACCAACCUCCAUUGCUGCAGAACAGCUUUAAGUCGUUAACCCAUUUCUGUUCCCUGAAAAAGGCUGUUUUGUAUUUAUUUAUUUAUUUUUGCAGUGUUGGGUAACCCUACCUUCUUUUUAAACCUCUUUCAGUUCACCACUUACCAUUGUAUCAUUUCAAGCUCUACGUUGGACUUGAACUACUUGAAUUUCAAUUACAAAUGGAAAAACUGGGACAUUCUAAAACAUUCUAAAACUUUUGACUGGUAGUAUAUAUACAUAUUUGUAUUUGUAUAUAUAUAUAUGUGUGUGUGUGUGUGUGGGUGUGGGUUUAGCAGACUUUCAUGUUUGAUUUAUUUAAAUCAUUCCUCAGAUCAGAGAUUAUUAAGUUUUACUGUAUUUGCGUGACUCUCACUCUCAUCCAAGUGUCAGCAUCUCAUUCAAAUGUCUAUUUUUGGUUUCAGUCCUGCCUCUGAAUAAAUAGAAAAGAUUAUAAUAAUUUGCAUUGAGGUCAUUAAUAUUUCCGCAGUGUGUCUGUCCUCCUCUCAGACAACCAAACCACCAGCAGCAACCUCUGCAUCCGGCUCGUGACUUAUUCCCUCGUGUGUCACUGGUCCUUCUGUCUGAACCGCAUCGUUAUCUCAGAGUUUCAGUGGAAUUACAAGAAACAUUCAGGUUCAGGAACUCAUUCUCUGACGUUGCCACUAACAGUUGACUCUCACUCUGUGUGUGUGUGUGUGUGUGUGUGUGUGUGUGGGGAGGUGUGUGAUCUCAUUGUGUUUCCUGUUUCUAGUCGCACUUCUCUGAAGACUCCAAAGAACUGACAGCUCUGAUCCAAACGCCAGCUCCCAUGAACGCAGCAGCUUUCCUCUCAGCAGCGACCGCCUUAAAGGAAAUCUACAGACGAGUUCACGGCAGAAUGAAUCCUCCUGCUGGUGAAUUUAUUGGGCUCCACUCCUGCUUCCUCUGAUUUAUUGCUUUCCUCAAAUGAGUGAGACUACCUGUAGCUUGUUGCUUCCUCACGGUCUGCUCUCCCAACAUGCAGUUUGUCCUGGCUUUCCUGCUGAUACUUUCCAUCAUUUCCCAUCAGCAGAGUCACGCUGAGGUGACCAAAGGAACAUGUCAAAUAGAGUGCGAACCUGGAUAUUUUUUAAAUAAAACGGGUGCAAAUCCUAAAUGUGACAAAUGUGAGGACGGCACAUUCACAGCACUAAAAAACUGUCGCCCGAAGUGUUUGUUGUGUUCGUUUUGUAAGCAUUAUCAGAUUACAUUAAGUCCUUGCUCCUUUAAUAGCAGCGUGGUGUGUGGCUGUAAAGAGAAUUUCUACUAUUCAGAGGAGUCUGAAGACUGUGAGAAAUGCUCCUGUGAAGACUGCAUCAAUGCUGAUAAAAAUCCCGACUACAUCAAGAAGUGCCAGCCAUGCAAAAAGAAGGCGUGUCAGACAAAGCUAGCAUGUACAAAGAUAUGCCCUCUUAAUUUCUCUAAUCCAUCUACAACUACAUCUACAAUAACAAGAAAACCUCCAACUCCAGCUCCAUCUACCAGACCCUCGGCGACAAACAGAACGUCAGGCCUGGUUAUGACUAAACUUCCACCUAAGACAGAGAACCAAAUGAGCUGGGUUUUUCUGGCGGUGGUCGGUGUCCUGUUUCUGCUGCUCUUUUGGCUCAUGCUGCUCUACACCAGGAACCUGUUCAGAUAUUCAGACAACUGUCCCUGCUGGAGUGAAAACAAAGAUCUGGAGUUGUCCGAGGACCCCGUAGUAAACGAACAACAGCAUCAUCGAGGCCCAACCACGCUGACAUGGGAGGAAACUCCCAUGAUGCCUGUCAGUCAGAUUCCACCCAUAUCGGACUCAAAUUCAGCCCCCGUCAGCCCUCCACCACCAGGCAGCCACCUCCCAGUUGCCAGACCAGACGAGCAAUCAGACCGCUGGCCAGCCGUCGUCCUCUACGCCAUCAUCGAGGAGGUGCCCCUGCGUAGGUGGAAGGAGUUCCUGCGUCGGCUCUCGGUGGCCGACCAGCAGCUGGAGCGAGUGGAGCUGGAGGCCGGUUUGGGUCUGGACUCCAUGGAGAGGCAGUACCAGAUGCUGAAGCUGUGGAGCCAGCGCUCCACCGCCAGCCUCGGAGAUGUUUUCUCCACCUUACGCCACAUGGAUUUAUCCGGCUGCGCCCAGCUGCUGCAGGAGAGCCUGGACAGGCUGCAGUGGAGACCCGAUGCCAAGCAGAGUCACUCAGGUUGUGGUUUGAAUGGAGCGAUGCACACCUGAAGCUGUAGAGAGACACAUGUGUGACACUGUCGAUGAUACAGUUGGAGAUUCUUCAACCAAAGACACUGGUGCAUAAAACUGGAGACCUCAAGUUUCUGGAGAGGACAUGACUGAUGGUGGCUCCUACAGAAAACUGCAAUCCUGCCUUAAAUGACCCAUAGUGAGAAAUACAAAUUUAGAUGGAGGUCUUGAUGCUACGACAAAUCAAGUCUUUUUUCUUCACAGUUUGACAUCAUCACGUGGACUCCAGCUACAUGUAUAAUAUAUAUUUUCCUGAUAAAGUCCAAAAAACUUUGCAGAACUGGAAGUCAGAUAAUCAGUUUGCUUCCUCUAAUGCGGCAACAGAAUGAAGCCUCUGAAUGCACAUGCGGUACUCUAGUAAUCUACUGUAUGUGGAGAAAAUUAAUUUAAAAAACGAUCAAGGGAAAUUCCCUUCCAUUAAGCAAAGCCUCCUGUCAAAACACCCUUUGUGUACACCACUAAACCUCCAGCUUGUUGUGUGGCGUCUCUUAAAGGCCAACCGUGGAGGCCUGUGGUUUCACAGCAGAGCUGCAAUGUAAAUAUGCGUGUGAAGGGUUAGAAAGGAAGUGACACUUCCUUGAUGAAAGGUACAAUUUGUUUUACCUCCAGGAAUCAAGUUUUUUUUAUUGUUAUUUUAUAAACAAUGACUUGUUUCAGUUUGAAUAUUUAAACUGUGUGAACAUUUUGUGUACAUCUGUGAUGUUUGAGACUCAACUGACGUGAAAGUCCGGUACAGCAGCUCAGCCGCUGCCUCUCGCUGCGCACCCUCGCAAAAGAAGAAAGAUGAAAUCCCCAAAGGACGUCAGAUUUUCAGUUUCCUGCAAGUGAACGGUGUCAGUGUGCAGCAGACUGGGUUUUUCCUCACCACACAUAUUCCAUUCAAACUGAUGGUUUUCUCUUGUGGUGUUUGGGUAUCUCACUUUGAGAGUUUUUGUGUGUCAGUUUGGUUUACUGGCAGUAAAGGACUUGGACUUUCCAGUUUAAGGAGUUCAACAGUGAAAGUUUAAAUCCAUAUCUAGGUCAUUUGGCCUCAAGGUAAAGGUACGGACGUGCAUAUUUUACAGGUGGGUCAGUCUAUAACUGAGGGACUUUUGAAGUCCAUGGGAUACAUCUUGCAUGCAUUUUUAUAAAAGUAAAAAAAAAAAUAAUAAUAAUGUUUUUAUGUUCGUUAUGAUCAUGUCUUUACAAAUUCCACAAUUAUUUAUUAUGGAAACAAUUAUUUAUUAAUAAAAAAAUGACUGGAUAUCACUAAAAUGUCAACUAAAUAACCAUCCCAGUUUAAUAACAACCACCUUCUAAUUAGCUAAACAAUAAUAAAAUGAGCUGAUUCAGAAAGAGUUUUGAUUGUGUUCUUUUUAUUAAGUUGAGAUAAUCAUGACAGAUAUUUAUUUUUUGGCAAUAUAUCAAAUUUUAAACUCCAAGGCUUUCUGAGUUAUUUAAUUUAAAGUAGUGUGUGAGUCAAGUGUAGCAAUUUAAAUUUUACUCAGUUGUAUAUAUAAUAUUUAGAAGAAUCUUUCUCUAAAAAUGUCAUGUGGUGUUUGGUUAUAGGCGGCUUUGUUGAUUUUAGACCUGAAUACAGCAAAAAUGUCAACUAUGUUACAGCAAGUCCCUCAAUUACAUAUUGACCUGGGUAUAAUUUUUUUCUGAAACUACUUAUGGAUGCCUGCAUAUUUUAUUACAGAGCUGAAUAUGUGAAUUAUCUGCUGGAUGUAGGAUUUUCUUCCUCACUUGUCACCUUUGGUACCUAUGUAAUGUAAUAAAGUACAAUAAAACCCAAGUGAAAAUGUCGUCAUACAGUGAGUUGUGAAUAAAACUGUUGGCCACCAGGUGGGAG